AUGGAAUGCGCACAUUGCCAGAAGACGUUCCAGGAAAGUGGCCCCUUCAAUGAGCAUUGCGAAGAGCAUAAGAAAGUACAACGUAAGCUUCAGCGUCCAGCAACGCGAACGUAUGGAGCCCGUUAUAAGCCCGGUCAACAUGCGCCGCUCCAGCAUUCAACGACGAAACAGUCCUCUAGAACUUCAGAUUGCGGCGAGGAGUCAGAAGAGGAAGCACGCCGUGCGAAGGAGAGCGAAGAUAAUACUGCAUCGGGCUUAGACCCGCGGAUCGAGUUCAUCAUAGAGCGAUUCGCGCCAUAUGAUGGGAUGGGCAUGGCACAAGACCGUCCUACAGACCGCGAAUACUCGUGCCCUGACUGUGACUUCAAAUUUCGAACGUUGAAAGAUCGCGACGAACAUCGCCUAUCCCGAUUCUGUCGAGGAUGCCACGUCAAGGCCUUUGUCAUAUUGAAUGAUCACUCUAAGCCCACUGGAUAUAGGAUUGAGAAUGUGCUACUCCCUCUUGACUGGAAGCUGUACAAAUGGGAGAGCGUGUGCAAGAAGUGCGGGCAAAGCUUUCCCUCUGACGCGGAUAUGAAACAGCACGAGCUCACACAUCCGAUCAAGCCAUCGAGAUGUCUUCAUUGUAGCAAAGUUUUCAGCACUCCCUAUGAACUGGAAGACCACUACGAGUGGCAUGAUGAUAUGGAGUACCGCAUGCAGCGCGACAACGCCCUCAGGAACGCCGCUCCCAGUGACACUGACAGGGACUAUGACGAGAUUUAUAUACCGACGAAGACUACGGAUCUUGGCCACGGCAUUCUGCAUUGUCCCGAUGGCCAUCCUCAUCGCCUCCCACCGCGUGGCGACCGUCAGAUUGUGGGACUAAGUUUUAUAAGCGCCGAGGACAUUGAAAAUCAUUACGCUCCUCAAGGGAAGUUCAAGAUUCCGGACGGCGGCUACCUGUCAGUUCCUCCAUGGGUGUCCGAUAGCAUGAUAGACGAGGCGAUGGAGAAACUGCACUUGGGGCGCGAGCAGCAAGACAAAAUGCGCAUUCCGCUAAAGACAAGCGAAGACGAAGACCACUCUGCAAUUGUUAUGGUGAAAGGUCACGGAAGACCUGGAGCAGGGCAGGUCACCGAUGCAUCCGGCAGAGUCAGAUGGUUGGAAGGUGACGGAUAUGGUCAGCUUAUGCAGUUCCUUGUAGGCGGAAAUGAGUAUGCCAGCUAUAUGAAAAAAGCAAUCGCUUUGCAGGCAGACAGUGACAUCAAAGGCGCAUUGCACUUUUACCUCAUGGCAUUGAAUGAGGCAUCGACAAAAGCCCGGAUUGAGAAAGACAUGGAUGAAUACAUUGCCUUGACAAGCGUCGGGGGUUGCUAUACCCGGUUGCAUGAUUUCGACAACACAGUCGACUACAACAUCCGCGCACUCUGCCUGGCGGAAAGGCUACUUGGGAAAGACAACCCUAACCUCUUUUUGAGGAUAAAUGACCUUGCAGUGGCCUACGAGGAACAUGGAUUGCUUCACGAGGCUCACCAUCUCUAUCUUCGUUCCUUAUCUGGGAAAAUGAGAAACCUCGGGGAAAGCAACGCGAGUACUCUGAUGACAAUGCAGGAGUUAGGAAACAUAAAGCGGCUUCUGAAUAAUCUACAGGAAGCCCAACUUCUGCUCGAGAGGGCAUAUCUCGGAUACGAGAAUCUGCAAGACCCAAAUGAAGAGAUGGCAUGCGGCACUCUCUUCAAUAUCACUGCUGUCUACAAAGAAAUCGGUCUGGUCAAUGAAGCAAAGGCACUUCUGGAACAGACGAUUCCCCGUAUGCAGCAGGAACUUGGUUUGGCAAACCAAAUCACCGCUGGCUCCAUUUACAAUUUCAUCCUCAUGGAACAGACUUUCAUUCCAGCAGCAAUACUUGCGAUGAUACAACAGAUCCAGGAGAAGCGGUAUGAAACCGGCCGGCCCGUUUUGGAGUUGCUCGCGCGACAUUACUACAAUACGCAUCAGAUUCGAAAGGCAGUUGGGCUAAUGAGAACUCUCGCGGAAUGGGAGGGAAUGGAUAUAGACCAAUCUAUGUCAUAUCUCAGUCUGGCUGGAGCGUGUUACUCGCUUCUGGAUGACUUUGACGAAUCUUGCGAGAUGUACGAAUUGAUGCACGAAAGAGCGGCUCUCACUGUCCAGUCACAGAGACAGGCUCUUCGUGACAAUGUUAGAAUGUGUAUUUGGAAUAUUCGCUCGAGACAGCAGCAGCUCCUGGACGAACGACUGGCAUGGGGACUGGAUGAACCGCGGCCGUUUUGCGGGCUUAUGCACUUCUGCACGCCAGCAUGCGAAAAUGACCACGCCCAUGAGUGCCGUCCAACGGUCACACCCAAGCAACAACGCAAGGGAACUUUCGAGACCGGCUCCGUACCAUCAUCCUUAGAAAAGCAUCUUUUAAGGCUCUUCGCCCAGGACCCAAUAUUUGCCAGAAAGCCAAAGCCCCUGAGGGCAGAACAAAUUUUCCUGAAUCCCGAGGGCUUCGCGACCUUCCGGAUCUGGAUGGACCCUACCAAGCUCAUCUCGUUCAGCUUCCCUCCAUCAGCUGAUCUUCGAUGCUGGAUAGUAGAGUCCGAUGGAACUAAAGUAUUUUGGACUACCCAGGAGAAAUGUUCUGAUUGCUAUUUCUACAAGGAUAUGGGGAAAAGGUAUCUAGUUGUUGCACCAGGCGCUGACAUGAUGACCAGGAUUGUUAAGCAUUAUAGACGGGAUACCGGGAUGGGUGAAGAUGCGUGCCAGGUUCCGGGAAGAGAUAUUCAAGAAUACUUGCAGGUCAACGAGGGACGUGGUGGUGGGACAGCUAUGCUGGCGCUUGUUAUGGUCUUAUGGGAGCAGUGA